UGCAUGGGGCCUUGCAGCAACUCCCGCCUGGGACCUCCUGAGGCAGAGUCACCUUCGAAGACCCCCAAGAGGAGAAAGAAGAGAUACCUGCGUCAUGACAAGCCCCCCUACACCUACUUGGCUAUGAUUGCCUUGGUGAUUCAGGCCGCACCCUCCCGCAGGCUGAAACUGGCCCAGAUCAUUCGUCAGGUCCAGGCUGUGUUCCCCUUCUUCAGGGACGACUACGAGGGUUGGAAGGACUCCAUCCGCCACAACCUUUCCUCCAACCGGUGCUUCCGCAAGGUGCCCAAGGACCCCGCGAAGCCCCAGGCUAAGGGCAAUUUCUGGGCGGUCGACGUGAACCUCAUCCCUGCCGAGGCGCUGCGCCUGCAGAACACCGCCUUAUGCAGGCGUUGGCAGAACCGCGGUGCCUGCCGAUCGUUCGCCAAGGACCUGAGCCCCUACGUGCUGCACGGUCGACCCUACCGACCGCCCAGCCCCCCGCCGCCGCCCAGGGAGGACUUCAGCAUCAAGUCCCUGCUAGGAGACCCUAGGGAGGAGGCAACCUGGUCCCAGCAGCCCACCCAGGCUGGACAGAGCAACCCGGCUCAGGCAGGCACGGGGUCCAGUGGGGAGGAGGUGGUGGUGCCCACUCCACCCGUGCUCUCCUCCGAGAGGCCUCUGUGGCCCCUCUGCCCCCUCCCAGGGCCCACAAGAAUGGAGGGGGAGACUUCCCAGGGGGCAGUUAUCAGGCCAUCCCCCCUCUCCCCAGAGCCUAGGACCUGGCCCCUCCACUUACUGCAGGGUACUCCAGACCCUGGGGGACUGUCCAAUGGGGGAUGCAGGGCCUCCCUGUGGGGACAGCUGCCUACCUCCUACUUACCUAUCUACACUCCCAAUGUGGUAAUACCCUUGACCACAUUACCACCCACCUCUUGUCCAGGGUGCCCCCCUUCAACCAGCCCAGCUUUCUGGAGGGUAGCUCCUGAAUCCCAAGGGUCCCAGGGGCUGGUCUGGGAUCUAGACUCCCUCUUCCAGGGGGUGCCACCCAACAAGAGCAUCUAUGAUGUGUGGGUCAGCAAUCCUCGGGACUUGGCUGCCCCUGCCCCUGGCUGGCUACUCUCCUGGUACAGCAUAUGA